AUGCUCUGCCGCUCCCUGACCAGCCAGCAGGGGUCACAGAGGCGCAAGAAGAGCCGCCUGUCCACGGGAGGCAGUGAGGAUCAGAAAAAAUCCAACUCGUUGCUAUCAGCGUUCCAAAUGUAUUCGCCAUUCAGUUCGAAGGAGAAUGUGGAAUCUGGCGAGGAUGUGCCGGAUCUACAUGCUGUGAUUGACACCCAGCCAGGUCACUCGAUUGACGUGCCACUUUUUGCGGAUUUUAAUCCAAUAAACCCGAUUCUUGAGGAAGAAGUCGAUGCCCUUGAUGGCAAAUCAGGUGAAUCCAAGAAAUCUUCACACAAAGAUGGACAGAAAGUAAAAGGCGAUGGCGGCGGCGGAGGCGGAGGCAACCGGUUGAAGCGAAACAUCAAGCACACCGGAAGCCUAAUUGUGCGGAAGCUGACUGCUGCUAGGCAGGGGUCGUCGGGGAAAAAGGAGAAGGAGACAGCACAGGCGGCAGCAGGAGGCGGCGGAGGGCAGCAGGAAGCGGCGGUGGCCACCGACAAGGAGAAAUCAAGCAGCAAGCCGGAGGGAAAAGUUGCCAUGCUACGGACCACAACUCUCUAAUGGAAUGGAAAAUGGCCGUAGCAGUGGCGUUCAUUUGUGGGGCAGGCGUAUCCUGCACCGAAUCUCAAGACGAUGGAAGAAACAAAAACAAAAGAAAAAAAUGGAUGUUAGUAUCUCUCCGUAGAUCGAACGUAUUGAAUAUAUAACAACUACACAUAACAAUCAAGCAGACAAACCCCUCUAUCUACCCACACUGACAAGCAUUAGCACCCGCAUAGAUACGCACAUAAUUACAUAAAUACAUACGUUAAUUAAUAGGACUCUAGCUAAUGGGCCUGCUAGCAGCCCGGGGGGGCUGCAGGAUGAUUAUUUGAAGAAGGGUAACACCAGAACACAACUCAAUAAACAAACAAAACAAAAAAAAAAACA